CCGAAUAUUUUUAGUGCAAGUGUUUUUUCUUUUCCUAGCAGAUUCAUGAUCACAAGAAUUUCUUCCCUUUGUGGAUUGAUAUUGUUUUACUUUGGUUUCCAUUGCCAUCUUUUGAAAACCUUUUCAACCAUUUCAUUCACUCCUAGUUGUUUCCGAAGCAUGCUUCUCUCGAAACAUGUCUUGUCUUCCACACACAAAGCCUUAUUCCAAAACUUGCGUCUUUUUUCUUUGCUUUCAAACUCGCACCACGUUCUCAGCACUCAUAGCCGUGACACCCAACUACGAGAGGCCCUUCUACAAAUGGCCCUUCGUGGCCAUGACAUGAACUUCCAAGACUACAGCACGGUCUUAAACGAGUGUGUGAGCAAAAGGGCCUUCAGAGAAGGGCAGAGAGUACAUGCCCACAUGAUCAAAACUAACUAUCUUCCCUGUGUGUUCCUCUGGACAAGGCUAAUCGUAUUCUACGUCAAGUGCGACUCUUUGACAAAUGCUCGGAACCUGUUUGAUGAAAUGCCGCAGCGGAACGUGGUGUCGUGGACGGCUAUGAUCUCGGCUUAUUCUCAGAGAGGGUAUGCUUCUCAAGCCUUGAGCCUUUUUGUGCAGAUGCUAAGAUCAGGUACAGAACCUAAUGAGUUCACUUUUGCUACCGUGCUUACUUCGUGUAUAGGUUCUUUGGGUGUUGUCUUAGGGAGGCAAAUCCACUCUCUUAUCAUAAAAUUAAAUUACGAAGCACAUGUUUAUGUUGGAAGCUCGCUCCUUGAUAUGUAUGCCAAAGAUGGUAAAAUUCAUGAAGCUCGAGGCAUAUUUCAAUGCUUGCCAGAAAGAGAUGUAGUUUCUUGUACUGCCAUAAUCUCUGGAUAUGCUCAACUGGGCCUGGAUCAAGAAGCGUUGGAACUAUUUCGCCAAUUGCAAGAUGAAGGAAUGCAAUCAAAUUAUGUUACUUAUACUAGUGUUUUAACUGCACUUUCCGGGCUUGCUGCUCUAGAUCACGGCAAGCAAGUGCACAAUCAUCUUCUUCGGUCUGAAGUUCCCUCGUAUGUGGUUCUUCAAAACUCUUUGAUUGACAUGUACUCAAAAUGUGGAAACCUCACUUACGCAAGAAGGAUAUUUGAUAACAUGCAUGAGAGAACAGUUAUCUCUUGGAAUGCGAUGCUAGUUGGGUAUAGCAAACAUGGAGAGGGAAGAGAAGUACUCGAACUUUUCAAUUUAAUGAGAGAUGAAAACAGAGUCAAACCUGACAGUGUCACGGUUUUGGCUGUGUUAUCUGGUUGCAGUCAUGCAGGACUGGAAGAUAAGGGAAUGGAAAUUUUUUAUGAAAUGACCAGUGGGAAAAUUGGUGUUGAGCCAGACACCAAGCACUACGGGUGUGUUGUUGAUUUGCUUGGUCGUGCUGGGCGAGUAGAAGAAGCUUUUAAGUUCAUCAGGAAGAUGCCUUUCGAACCAUCAGCUGCUAUAUGGGGUUGCCUUUUAGGUGCUUGCAGUGUUCACUUAAAUGUUGACAUUGGUGAAAUUGUGGGUCAUCGGCUUCUAGAAAUUGAGCCUGAAAAUGCUGGCAAUUAUGUUAUUCUGUCUAAUCUGUAUGCUUCAGCAGGAAGAUGGGAAGAAGUAAGAUCACUAAGGGACCUGAUGUUGAAGAAGACUGUAAGAAAAGAGCCUGGAAGAAGCUGGAUUGAGCUUGAUCAAAUACUUCACACGUUCCAUGCUAGUGAUUGUUCCCAUCCAAGAAGAGAAGAAGUAUCUGCAAAAGUGCAGGAGUUAUCAGUCAGGUUUAAAGAAGCUGGCUAUGUUCCUGAUUUGAGUUGUGUUUUACAUGAUGUGGAUGAGGAGCAGAAGGAGAAGAUACUUCUAAGUCACAGUGAAAAGUUGGCUUUGUGUUUUGGUCUAAUUGCUACUCCUGAAAGUGUGCCAAUCCGUGUAAUAAAAAACCUUCGUAUUUGCGUUGAUUGCCAUAAUUUUGCCAAGUAUAUCUCAAAGAUUUAUGGAAGAGAAGUAUCUUUGAGGGAUAAAAACCGGUUUCAUCGAAUUGUUGGAGGAAAAUGUUCCUGUGGGGACUACUGGUGAGAAGAUAUUGACAGAGAGUAACCAAUGAACCUCUAAGGUGCUAAAAAAAGGGCCUUGGACUUCAGCCUUUAAUCUGUUUUGAUGCUGAAAUUGGCUCAACAAUUUUUUUGGGGUACUUCUCUCCCCAAAAUCAGGGAAAUUAAAGUUGCAUCUACAAAGGAGGAAUUUUGGAAAUUCCUCGCUUUUCUUUUCUCCCUGAUAACCUUGACCUUGCAUACUACUUUCAGCACAAUGCUCGCUUCACCGUUAUAGCUGAUAGCUGUUUCAUCUAUGCCAGGGCCUUAUUCUUUAUUUUAUUUGCCAAUUACUCAUUUAAAAUCUACUCCAGGUUUUUGUUCAAAAGCUGCUGAAAUUGCUGUUGUCACGAGUCAUUACUUGGUAUGAUUUUGUGAUCUGCAUCAGAAUCAGAUUUUAAUCAAAAUCGGAAUCCCAAUAAGAUUUAUACAGCCGUCUGGAUUUUCAUGCUCUAAACCCUGUCCACUCCAAAGAUGAAAGGGAUCGGUGCAGUGGAGCCUCAAUCGAGUUUGAUCUAUACCCUUCCACAGAACCAGAAUCUCUUGAUGAUAGAUUUAACAGUGUUGAAACACAACAGUAAAUGUAAAAGAUUUACUAUAUUUACUAUAUAUCUAAAUUAUAUAUAAAAUUAAAGAAGAACAUAUUUAAAUAU